UUUACGUCGCUCCGAGCUAAUGAGUCCCCGCCUCCACCGCCUGUUGAGCGGCGACACUUCACUCCCAGGAGCCGCAGAGAAGUUCUGGUGAGCUUCAUGUUGAGGCUCAAACUUUCGGCUUCUCUCUCCGUCGUCUUGUGUCACACUUUCUACCGGACUGUCCGCGGCUGUAUUUCACUUUUACUUCCCAGCAGCAAUGACGUUCAGGAGGCUGAAGAAGGUGAACUCCAGCGGGGUGGACGGAGGACCCGCAUCCCAGGACAACGACAUUUAUUUCCCGUCGUCAAAGUCGGACAGCUGCAGGACGGUGAACCUCCCGGCCAACUCCUCGGAGGUUUAUAACUACAAGACUCUGGCUUAUUCUGGGGGCACGCUGCCCAGAAACUUCAAGAAGGGUGGAGGCUCGCAAAAGUGGAAACCCCUAACGCUGCCCCCAGAACCACAAAGGAAAGUGGUGGACUUGGAGAAAAAUGAAGAAGAGGCCUUUGGUUUUGAGAUUCAGACUUACGGCCUUCACCACCAGGAACAAAACUCAGUGGAGAUGUGCACGUUCGUGUGCAGGGUGCACGACGGCAGCCCGGCCCACCUGGCAGGACUUAAAGUUGGGGACACCAUUGCCAGUGUGAACGGCACCGCCGUAGAGGGAUUUCUGCACAAGGACAUCGUUCAGCUCAUCAGGUCAUGCGGCAACACACUGAGGCUGGAGACGGUUUACAGUGACUCAAUCCGAAAAGCUGAGCUCGAGGCCCGGCUGCAGUAUUUAAAGCAAACGCUUCAUGAGAAGUGGGAUGAAUACCGUUCGUUGAUGGUGCAGGAGCAGAGGCUUGUCCAUGGUAUCGUAAUGAGCGACGCUGCUCUGUACGAGUCCCUGGAGUCUGCAGGGAUCUACGGCAGCCUCGGCGCGCCCAGCCCCGCGGCGCAGAGAGCCCUCCGCUGCACCGGCAGCACCAGCAGCAGCGCCAGCCUCCUCAGCACGGCCACCGAGGACGACCCGCUCUACCAGACCUGCCUCUACCACUCGGACGGCUACGUGGACUCGAGCAGCGCCGACAAAAUCAACGAGCAGCCGCCUUCCCAGAGGCAGCAGCGCGUCCGACCGACUAGCGAACUCCUCACCGUGACCAAGACUCACCUGACCCGCAGCGCCAGCACGCGCAGCUACCUGAGGGGAUCUUCGUCGUCCCCGUCGUCCGUGGGCUCAGUGGAGAAACAGGGAGCAUUCGGCUCGCUGCAGAGAAAACCCAAACAGAAGAGCUUCCGCAGGCGUCUCCUCAAGUUCAUCCCAGGUUUGAAUCGGCCGCUGGAGGAAGAGGAGAGCAAACUGUGAGCAACGGACAGAAAUAAAGACUAAAAACAACAAUGACUUUCAAACUAAAGUGCCAAAGAAAACAGCAAACAGCCUCCAAAGAGGGAAGCCAAAGCUAAGUGGCUGCGUUGCUGGACUUUUAUUUCACAGGCAUACAAAACUUUUGCUUCGGCCUGUCUCGACUUCUAAGUUAUUUAUUUAUUUUUACAUGGUUUUGUCAUGCAGAAUGAAGGAAGUUUCAUUUUUUUUGACUGCAUGGACAUUUUUUUUAUUUUCACUUCAAAACCACAAAAUCUUGGCAAGUAUAUUUGGUCUAGUUUCUAGAGCAAAUCUCUUACUGCACUUAAAAUAAGACAAAACUAACUGACAAGUAACUUUUCAAAAGGAAACAGGAGGUUUUUUUAAGUGAGUGAUUCUAUAAUACUGAUUUUAAAAAGUACUAGCAGAUUAUUUCACUUGUCAUUUUUAUUUAAUUUCACUUUGGGAUUACUAAAGUAUUUUUUAAUUUGUAACAUUGCAAAAACUGUCUUGUUAUAAGUGAAAUAAUCUUCUAGUGGAAGAAAAAAAAUCAAUAUUAAUGAAUUAUUUACCUAAAACAAGCUUCUAAAUCGUCUUGAAAAGCUUAAAUAAUUCCUUGAUAUUGAUGGAAAAAACUCCACUGGCAGAUUAUUCCACUAACAGCAAGACAUUUUCCUGUGUUAUAAAUGAAAUAAUCUCAGUGGAAAUAGUAGUUUUUCCACCAAUAUUAAGGAAUUACGGACAUAAAUAAAAACCUAUUUAUUUCUGAAAGGUUCUUGUAAGUAAGUUUUGUCUAAGAUAUUUACACUAGAAAUUAAAACCAAACAUUCUUGUUGAGUUGUUGUUCUUUUGCAGGGUUGACAAACCUGUGAGAACUUUAAAUUGUGCAGCUAUUCAGAAUGACUCAAAGCCUGUUUUGGUUCCUAAAAAUAAAAUAUGUGGCAUUUCCAGA